GAAAGGGGUGGGGGGUGUUCGCGCAGAGGGAAGAAAGAUUUAUGAAAUGAUAGGUGGUCGGGCUUUGUUUGGCUGGACUGUUGCGCGCAAUAAGCUGAAGGGGUUUUCGCGUUUCCUCCACUUGAGGGAUUAUUAAAGCGCUGGAUGGCCACCCGGCGCGUCACACAGCGCCACUUAGCGCCGCUGUGACACCCAGCGGAGCCCCUCGAGUCUAGCUGCAGCUUCGGACACUCAGUCUCCAGUGGAUAACCAGCUCCCACCCACCCCGCUCUCUCUUCCUCUAUCUGUCAGUGCGUGCCCGCCGUAUGCGUCAAAGGAGCAUCGUGCGUAACGGGAGAGCUGUGCGUAACUGGAGACAGACUCCUCUCCAUUUUGCGCCGCGGUUCUGGGCACCAGCGGCGGUCUGUAGCAGCGCUCACUCACAAGAACACUGAUCGCCGGAGCCCGACGUGUUCGCGACAUCUUCCCUCCCUCCCUCUCCGCUCUCCACGCCAGUUGUGCGUCAGAGCUGACAUGACCACCGAGACCCCUCAGCAGCAGCUGGACCCUCCGCCUCCUCUGAGAUCCAGCCCGGCGUCCGGCGUCCUCCACCCCGCCAUGCUGAGCCCGCAAGCCGCCACAGAGAGUUCGUCCACUGCCGUGAAGGGAAAGAAGACCAGCUCCGGUUUAAGGAGACCGGAAAAGCCUCCGUACUCCUACAUCGCUCUGAUAGUUAUGGCCAUCCAGAGCUCCCCCACCAAGCGGCUGACACUCAGUGAGAUCUACCAGUUUCUGCAGGCUCGCUUCCCGUUCUUCAGGGGUUCUUAUCAGGGCUGGAAGAACUCAGUGCGACACAACCUCUCGCUGAACGAGUGCUUCAUCAAGCUGCCCAAAGGGCUGGGCCGGCCUGGGAAAGGCCACUACUGGACCAUCGACCCUGGCAGCGAGUUCAUGUUCGAGGAGGGCUCCUUCCGUCGCAGACCCAGAGGCUUCAGGAGAAAGUGUCAGGCUCUGAAGCCCAUGUAUCGCAUGAUGAACGGCAUAGGCUUCGGCACCUCGAUCCUCCCGCAGAGCUUCGACUUCCAGGCUCCGUCGGCCACCCUGGCCUGCCACAGCAACAGCUACAACUUGGACAUGAUGAGCAACUCGAUGGCCGGGGGUUACGAGGGGCUGAGCGGCGGUCACCACGUCCCCCACAUGUCUCCCAGCCCCGGAUCCACGUACAUGGCGAGCUGCCCGGUGCCUCCGAGCGGGGAGUACGGGCCGGACAGCAGCAGCAGCCCGGUGCCCUCCUCUCCGGCCAUGGCCAGCGCGCUGGACGGUCACUCUCCGUACGCCAGUACGUCCGCGCACUGGGCGUCCUCCGGCGGGUCCCCGUACAUCAAACAGCAGCCCCUGGCCUCCAGCAGCCCGGCAUCCUCGGGCUUGCACUCCGGCAUGUCACCUUACUCCUUGGAGCAGAGUUACCUUCACCAGAAUGGCAGGGACAGCCACUCCAGCGACCUAUCAGUGGGCAUCCCUCGCUAUCAGAGCCACUCGUCGGUGUGCGACAGGAAGGAUUUUGUGUUGAACUUUAACGGCAUCUCCUCGUUCCACCCCUCGGCCGGCGGAUCCUACUACCACCACCACCACCACCACCACCACCCGCAGAGCGUGUGUCAGGACAUCAAACCCUGCGUAAUGUGAGCGCUGCUGCAGGACUUCUCCUUUCCUUUUUUGAAGGAUUUCUACCAGGAUUUGCCUCCUUCACGCAACCAAAGUAUAUUUUAUAUUCAUUUUGUUAUUUUGUUGUUUGUUUGUUUUUUUCUCCGUUGGACAUGAAGAAAUCUAUGCAUUGAAGAAAAUGAAUGAAGAAACCCAAGGAGCCUUUUUUUUGUAGAAAAACCACUUUGCCUUCAUGAAGAAGCCUUCUUUUAAAGAAAGUGUUUGCCCUUGUAAGACGUGCAAACUAAUUAUAUCCCAUGUAACUAUGCUCUAUUUUAUUAGACACACACAAUGCUUUAGGCUUUCAUGAGCUGCAAAGAAACUUGCACUUAUUGUAUAAUCCUUUGCCAUUUAAAGAAUUGUCUUGUAAAAGGUUUCAAUAAAGCUGUAUUAUAUUUUA